AUGGCAAGAUCCAACUUGAGGGGCUGUUUGGUCAUCAGGAUCCUAGUCGCAAUAGUGCUGCUGUUUGUAAUGUUUCCCUACACUGUCUGCAAGAAUCAGCCCAUCAGUUGCAUCCUAGAUGAUGAUCCUCUGCCUAUACCUCACAAAUUUUAUCAGCCGGGUGACUUUGUCAUUGGAGAGAUGGUUUCUCAGGUCUUCCUCUUUCAUGACAGUCCCUCAUUCACAGACGUGCCCACACAGAUGUCAAUUGGCGAACCUGCGUCCGUUCCUAAGAACUACCAGCACAUCCUGGCUUUGCUGCUUGCUGUCAAAGAGAUCAAUGAGAACCCCCAAAUCCUACCCAACAUCUCUUUGGGCUUCCACAUCCUCAAUGGCUACUAUGUGGCAAGGAUGACAUACAAAGCCAGCCUGAGCCUCCUUUCCACACAACACAGGUUUGUUCCCAACUACAAGUGUGAUACUCAGAGUAAACUGAUAGCUGUCAUUGGCGGACUUGCUACUGAAACCUCUGCCAACAUGGCUAGCAUUUUUGCCACUUACAAGAUCCCACAGAUGGUCCCAAAGGAAGCCCACCAGUACAUUGGGGUAGUCAGGCUCCUUCACCAUUUCAGAUGGACAUGGAUUGGGCUCUUUGCUGUGGAUGAUGACAAUGGGGACAGGUUUUUGCAGACAGUGCUUCCAUUGCUUGAUCAGAAUGGCAUCUGCUAUGCCUUCAUACUAAGAACAGCAAAGAGGACAUUUAUGGAAGAGCUGAUAAACAUGAUGCCUCCAACUGAGUGCAAGGAAGACUCUGAGAGAUGCACCAUGACCAAUCCUUUCCAGCUUCCAUUCCAGUAUUAUCAGAGAGGGGACCUGAUCAUUGGAGGAGUUCUUUAUGCUUUUGGCUAUGUAUCUGAAGAAAUAGAUUUCCAUGCCCACCCAAACACAAAGUUUACAGAUGAACUUUUUUCAACACUGAAGAACUACCAGAAUACCCUCUCCCUGGUGUUUGCUGUGAAAGAAAUCAAUGAGAACCCCAACAUCGUACCGAAUAUGAGCUUUGGGUUCCACCUCUAUGAUAGCUUUGGAAAUGCAAGGAUGACUUAUCAGAACACCCUGAAACUUCUGUCCAUCACAGAAAGGAUUGUCCCCAACUUCAAAUGUGACAAGAAAAGAAAUAUGAUAGCUGUUAUUGGAGCACUUGACUCUAACAUCUCCCUUCAUAUGACUAUGAUCUUAAACCUCUACAAGAUUCCACAGAUUGCUUAUUGUGUAUUGGCUCCAGUGAGGAGGACCGAGUUGCAGCUCCAUACCUUCUUCCGGACGGUGCCCAAUGAGAAAUAUCAAUAUGCAGGGAUUGUCAAGCUACUUCUUCAUUUCCAAUGGACAUGGGUCGGACUUGUUGCUUCAGAUGAUGAAAACGGAGAGAUGUUUAUGGAAAUCUUGGAGCCAAUGCUUUCCCAGCAUGGAGUCUGCACAGCCUUCAAGGAAAAACUACCAGCCUUAUCUCAAGGGACAGAUCAUUUCAGUUCAUUGGAACUCAUUCGGGCUAAGUCCUCCAUCUUGAUGGACCCAGAAGUCAAUAUAUUAGUUCUGUGUUCAGAAACUCAGACCAUCACAGCUGUGAAGUGGCUGAAAUAUUUCUUUUCAUUAUAUGAAGCUAUUGCAGAGAAUUCUGCAGGAACCUUGUGGAUUUUGACAGCCCAAUGGGCCUUCUCAUCAGAAACAAUGCAACGGUAUAAUGAUAUUCAACUCUUUGAUGGUGCCCUGUCUUUUGCAAUCCACACAGAAAAAGUCCAGGGAUUUAAAGAAUUCCUUCAGAUCCUAAACCCCAACUCUCCAAAUGGAGAUGGGUUCCUCCAGACUUUUUGGGAAAAGACAUUCAACUGCUUAUUUUCUGUUUCCAAUGACCCCAAUGAAAGCACAGACACAUGCACUGGCAAAGAGAGUCUGGAGAGCCUUCCUGGGCAUAUUUUUGAAAUGACCAUGACUGGUCAAAGUUACAGUACCUAUAAUGCGGUUUAUGCCAUUGCAUAUACUUUGCAUAAGAUUCUCUCAUCCAGACCAAAACACAGAAUUAUGGAAGACAGAGGUGGACUUGAUCCUCCCAAACUGCAACCUUGGCAGCUUCCCUCUUUCCUGAGGAGCAUCUCCUUCAACAACAGUGCUGGGGACUUUGUGUCUUUUGAUGAGAAUGGGGAAUUGGCAGCUGGAUUUGAUGUUCUGAACUGGGUUACUUUCCCCAACCAAACCUUCUUGCGAGUGAAAGUAGGAAAGGUAGAACCACAGGAAUCACACUAUGUGGACUUCAGCAUGGAUGAAGAAGCCAUCACAUGGCACAAAGCAUUCAAUCAGGUGCUGCCCCUUGGUUUGUGCAAUGAUCGGUGCCAGCCAGGCUACAGCCGGAAAAAGAAGGAGGGGCGGCCAUUUUGUUGCUAUGACUGUGCUUCAUGUCCAGAUGGGAUGAUUUCAAAUCAAACGGAUUCGGAUUAUUGUUUCAAAUGCCAAGAAGAUCAAUUUCCAAACCACAACAGAGAUCAAUGCAUUCCUAAGAGCCACAAUUUUCUUUCCUACGCAGAGCCUUUGGGAUUCACAUUAGCUGCCUUGGCUCUGCUCUUUGCUCUGGUCACAGCCUUGGUCCUUGGCGUCUUCUCUAAGAACGGGGACACUCCCAUUGUCAAAGCCAACAACCGGGACCUCACCUACACUCUGCUCCUUGCCCUCUUGCUCUGCUUCCUCUGCUCCUUGCUCUUCAUUGGCCAGCCUCACCCAGUCAGCUGCUCUUUACGACAAACGGCCUUUGGCAUCAUCUUCUCCAUUGCGGUGUCUUGUGUCUUGGCCAAAACCAUCACGGUGGUUCUGGCCUUCAUGGCCACCAAACCAGGAUCCAGGGUGAGGAAAUGGGUGGGGAAAUCUCUGGCCAACUCUGUUCUUCUGGUUUGCUGCUCACUUCAAGCCAGUAUUUGUGCUGUUUGGCUCUGUACUGCUCCUCCCUUCCCAGAUGUGGACAUGAACUCACUGGUGGAGGAAAUCAUCCUGGAAUGCAACGAAGGCUCUGCCCCCAUGUUUUAUUGUGUCCUGGGGUACCUGGGAUUCCUGGCCAUGGUCAGCUUCACAGUGGCUUUCCUGGCCAGGAAGUUGCCAGACAGUUUCAACGAAGCCAAGUUCAUCACUUUCAGCAUGUUGGUGUUCUGCAGUGUUUGGCUGUCCUUUGUUCCCUCUUAUCUGAGCACCAAAGGGAAGCAGAUGGUGGCUGUGGAGAUCUUCUGCAUCUUGGCCUCCAGUGCAGGCUUGCUCGCUUGCAUCUUCUCCCCCAAAUUGUACAUAAUCCUUCUGAGGCCCGACUUGAACAGCAAAGACCACUUGAUUCUGAGGAGCAAAUAA